AUGCCCAGUACAUAUCUUUCACCAGUCGAUGGGCCCCAUCGUGAUUCCGCAAGGCUGCUUUGCGUACCCACAGAAAGAAAACACAAGGAGGAAAAAGGGCCGGCCGAGAUCUCGACCAGGCCUCUGGCAGAUAAAGCGGCGUUUGGCACGCCGUCGCAGGCUGAAGCGGGACUUGGUCGCAUUACACACCUUGCAAGCCACCAAAUGUCGGGUCACGGUAGAGGUACACAUGCUACCUCUCCCUCCGAUGUGCACCUCUGCCGGCAUUUGAAAGGACACAAAAGCGAGCCGGAGAGAUACAUAGCUGUCAACUUUCGGCACCUCUAUAGACUACUCACUUCCUGGACCACGGCACCGGGACACCGUGACAGUCAUGUUGACGCCCUGGGGCGUCCUCAAAUCGGCGACUUCUACGGCUAUAUCGGCGACAUAUCGCAGCCACCUCGCUCCAAGGACCCUUUUUACGGCCGCCUCGGAUCUUAGGCAGUCACCGAAUGACACUCACAACAGCCACCUUGAGAAAUUUCAAUGGAUGAGGGCUUACGCAUUUCGAACAAUUUCUGGCAACCAUACUUUGACCCUAGGACGGCAGCAACCUCAAAAUGGACCCCUGCCAAUCUGAUGCCCUGGCAUUGGAUGAGCCCUUUACCAGUCGGCGUUGAGGCCAAGGAUGUUGGCAAUCAGCCAAUCAAGCAUCGAGCUUACGAACAUGGAGAGGUUGCAGAGCGAAGGAGCCCGAGAAAAAAGAGAAGACGAUGCGAUGGCACGUUGUAACGUAAGCUCACAAAGCAGAGAGAUCCUAUGACGAUGGAUGCGCGUAGUGUAGUGUACGCAGUAUAUCCGGGGACCUGGGGCGGAA